GCGCAGACCCCGCCGCGAGGGCGGUGGGCGGGGCUUCGGCUAGUGUAGUACGUGUGCUUCCCAGCGGUUAGCAUUAGCAUAGCUUGCGGCGAGUGAGCUGACGCUACAGCUGAAAAGAAGAGAGGACCAUGGUGCUGCUUGAAAAUGACUCGUUCCUCACAGAGCUCACGCGGCUCUUCCAGAAGUGCAGAACAUCGGGCAGUGUUGUCAUCACGCUAAAGAAAUAUGACGGCAGAACCAAACCUGUGCCGAGAAAGGGCCACACAGAGUCGUUCGAGCCUGCAGAUAACAAAUGUCUCAUCAGAGCGUCUGAUGGAAAGAAGAAAAUUAGCACAGUGGUCAGCACCAAAGAAGUAAUCAAGUUUCAGAUGGCCUACUCCAACCUCCUCAGAGCUCACAUGGAUGGACUUAAGAAGAAAGAUAAGAAAAGCAAAAGCAAGAAGACCAAAGCCACUCAAUGAGCAACAGACUCUUUAAAGAUAGCCUUGGGAACCUGAACUGGCCUGUACAAUCUGAGGGAAUGGGAGAGGACUCCAUCUGAUCUGCAGCCCUGGUCGGCUUUCUCCCCAUUCGUUCAAGGCCUCAGGAUCACCGCUCAUCCACCUGGUGACUGCUUUGAUAUCACGCCAUUGUUUGCAUGGUAACGUCUCAUCCCUGGCUGCCCGGUGCCAUCUGUGAUUUGGAACAGAAAACCUGAGGAUUUCUCAUGCAGUUCAAAGCGAAACCAACUUUAUUGAACAUCCACUAUUUCUGCUCCGGAUUGAGGUUCGCAACAGCGCCGUUGCCUCUGGAGCCAAAUCCACCGAGCACGAUGAAUAACAGCCUCUCUUUCCAUUUAUUCGUUAAGAGCCCCUAUUUAUGUUCUUUUAGAAGGCCAUUUCAUUUACAAAUAUAAGAUUUUUUUUUCUUGAAUGGGAUUUGAAAUUUCAGAACACGGAUCAGAUUUAUUCACGUGAAAUUUCACUGUAUUUGAGUAUAAAAUAUUGUUUAACGUUUUUUUUAUUGUAUCUUUUGAAAUACAGUUAUUUCCCCCUUUAUUUUUUACAUACCAACACCAAUCUGUUCCAGUGGCUGUCUUAAAUUGUUAAUCAACAGUGAAAUAUACUGUAUAGCUUCAGUUAACGUGGUCAAUUCAAGAUUUCUGAAUGAGUUCAAGUGAUAGCACAAAAAAAACUGUAGAUUUACUGAAAGGCAUGUUUAAGUUAUGAAUACAGAGACAAAGGAUUGGCUGCCACACUAAUCUUGUCAUUUCCGUUUACUUCGCGAGUACAAGGCAGGUUUAACCACGGUCAGAAUAUGUUGUCGACUUCAUGUAUCAUCUCUUGUCCUCGUGGAGGAGGACUACAGCAGAAUUUAAGUUCAGAAAUAAAGUGCUUCGUUAAAAGUCA